AUGAGAAAGGCUAGUGGGUGGUUCAAGGCCAAACGUGUCCGUCCUUUGCAUGCACGCGCGACGGUGACAUUUAAGCAGCUCCAAGGACACUUUGUCACGGUUUCGAUACAGCAAGAACAUUUAAAGAGUUUGGUAUUGCUCUACAUCGAAUGCGUCGGCGCCAAAUGUCCAUUCCUGGCGGAUAGUGGGGAGGCGGUCACACUGGAUUUUAAUGAAUGCAUGUAUCGACCUCCAAAAACUUUGCUGCUAGUCUCGUCGAAGUGA